AUGACAGGUUCUAAGAAGAAGAACAAGGGAAGGGGCAAGGGGAAUGGCAGGAAGAAGAUACCCAAUGUCUCAUCCAGUCAGUCAAAGGAUAUAGGCCCAAUCUCUUGUUCAACCUUGGAGGAGGACGAAACGACGCGUUGCGACCAGCCACCGACAGAAGGCUUCGAGCGCUGUGAGGUUCACCAAGCCCAGUACCGUACAAUGUAUAAGAAGUACAAGGAUGCUUCCAAGGUUGUUGACGACAUCGAAUCUGGGACCCUGGAGCUCCCGACGAAGGAGCAAAUUGAAUGUUACACUGAUUUGCAUUUGACACUCAAUAAGGCCCGUUUGGUGCGCAAAUAUCUCGAGAGCAUUCGAGUGGAGAGGACUGGCAGGGGUAUACACCAAAGACGCUUCUUCUUGAAAAUCGAUGAUGGACACAAGGAUCGUUUGAAGUUUCUCGAGAAAAAAAUGAGGAAAGCAGCUGAUAUCCUCAGCAAUCUUCAAGCCCGGGCGUUGGAUCUCCACAUUGCCAAUAAUCCUGGUUCCGAGUGGAUAAAACCGGUUCAACUACCAAACGACUUGGAUGAUGAACCAAUCUCCACGGAGAGAAUCAUUGAAGCAGCUCAACGAACCUUUCUCAAUGAUCGAAAGAACUCUACAUAUCUGUUUCCCGCUAGUAAAAAGUCUAUGGGAUCCUCUGCGUUAGCGGAUGAGGACCUAAUUGAUCUUGAGCACCGAGCACGAAAAACUCAGAUACUGCAUACCAUUUUCGAAAUGAUCACGGACCCUGAUCUUUUCACACGCCUUCGUCGUGAAGCAGAUCCAGACGACUCUGAUCCGACUUUUGAGCCUGACCCAACUGUCCUACAUAACAUUUUCCAACAAUAUGCACGACGGAUCAUGUUUCACGAUUCAGACUUUUUCUUCAAAACCUUCGACAAGGUCUCCUUCCAGGAUCUCAUGCUGGACGAUGACUUCUCGAUCGAGGAUGCAUUCAAAUUCGUGUUCCUGUUCGAAAGAAAUAAAUUAGGUUUUGGAUUGACGUGGUUCAAAGAUGCAGUGGUUGAUGCCCUUAUGAUGUCGAAGGGGGGUGACGUCGCUAAUUUUGGUAGUCUGAGUAGCCGGCACAAGGUGCUUGGGGGAUGGAUAUACAGCCGUACCCACAUACGCACCAUCUCCCAUGAAGCUUGGUGGGCAAGUAUCUUCGAUCUUCCUCCACCCGCCGAUGUGGAGAACCGGUUUGUCCGUUUAUGCAAUAACUUCGAUGACAUGGUCAAUUUUCUGUCUUUUGGAGCGAUUGGCAUGUUACCACCUCCGACAUUUUGUAGCAGACGGUACGAUGGGGUUGAUGCGAUUGUACCCAGGAAACAUCUUUCCCUCUCUGGGGUGGUUAUCACUGACAUGGUGUCAGGCCUGAUGCCCCCGCACAUGACUGGUCCUAUACCAACCACGCGUCGAGGCAGGAGGCCGGGAUGUAUCGUCUGGUGCGAGGUAGAGGCGAGGGGAUAUAUGUUUGGCGCCCUCAGAAACGAGCCCGAUCCAUUUAAUGAUGCUUUUCUACGAGAACUUCGCGCGCGACCCGACCUCUUCCAGGUAGUAACACGUUCUGAGACGGACCCCGGGCGCGACGUCGAAGUUUUCCCCACAGACGUCUUACCAAUGAUGCGAACUCGGGAAUUUGAAGCUCCCCCAGCGCUCUCUGCAAAUCGGCCAACAGGCUCUGGCAAGUGGACGGUCUCAAGAUCUGCGGUCGAUGUACUGUAUGGCACUCAUUGUGAGAUGCCAGGCAUACGAAAUUACCCAUUCCUCGGAUAUCUUCAAAUACUGAAAAGCGGAAAAAAUAAAGGCUGGUUCUUCCGCUUCAAGAACUUCCCAGUGAAGUACAUCGUGAUCCUGGACACCGUUCCGAACCGGCAUCAUUCAGUCUUGGCCAUGAAUGUCGCAUGGGCAGCACUUCGUGCGCAGGGGUAUGGUGAAGGCGAAUAUGAGUUAUUGAAGUAUACAAGAGCUUCCGGCAAGCUUUUUCAGAAGCGAGCAGAAGAGCUUCUCGCAUGGACGCCAAAUAACUGGCGUUGGCAGGAUAAUAAAACUGUGGAUGAUGUUGGCGAAAGUACAGAUAGACCAGGAGUGAUGGAUGAAGGUGAAGGGGCAGGAGCGCAAGCAUUUCGCCGUGGUAUUGUAUUGAAAUGUGCCGAUGGAGAGUUAUACAGGGUAUUUCCAAUCGUCAUCAUGUACUCAGCCGAUUAUCCUGAACGGUGCGUUCUAUAUUUCAAGAUGGGUGAUUUACUCAACGAGAUUCAGGGUUUCAAUAAUUACCGCCACCAAGAACAUGGGGAGUGGGAAAGGCGAAGGAACGGGCGAUCAAAGUGGAGGUGA